UCCCAACAAACUUUGUCAGUGCUUGCAAAAGAAAAAGUCAAUGGAAAUGCAAGGCCAGAAAAAACCCAGAAUCCUCUGUCUCCAUGGUUUCAGGACAAGCGCUGAAAUCCUCAAGAAUCAAGUCCAUAAGUGGCCGGAAACCGUGCUUGAAAAGCUCGAUCUUGUCUUCCUCGAUGCGCCUUUUCCAGCUCAAGGAAAGUCCGCCGUGGAAGAGAUUUACGAUCCUCCUUAUUAUGAAUGGUUCCAAGCCAAUGAGGAUUUUACUGAGUUUACAAAUUUUGAAGAAUGUGUUGAAUACAUUGAAGAGUAUAUGAUAAAAAAUGGACCCUUUGAUGGUCUCCUGGGUUUUUCCCAGGGAGCCAUUCUGUCGGCUGCAGCACCAGGGAUGCAGGAAACUGGGGCGGCUCUUACCAAGGUUCCAAAAAUAAAGUUUCUGAUAAUCAUAUCGGGUGCAAAGUUCGGAGGGAAAAAGUUUGGAACGCCUAAGCUGGCUACUGAAGCAUUUUCAUCAUCAGUGAAGUGCCCCUCCCUCCAUUUCAUAGGUGAAAUGGAUCUUUUGAGGGAAGAGGGUGUGGCUCUUCUAGAUUCAUUUGUGGAUCCUGUUGUGAUCAAUCAUCCCGUGGGACACAGCAUUCCUAAAUUAGAUGAGAAAAGCAUGGAGGUAGUGCUGAGCUUCAUUGAGAUGAUCCAGAAGAUGCCAUCAGAGGAGCAACAGUAAUGAAGAAGUCUUGAAGGCAAUUUAAUUCAUUGCCCGUAGCGAGUAAUGGUUAUGGAGGAUUGUGAUGAUUUUUCUGCCUGCUCAAAUCGUAGAUUAAUACCAUAUGUUUAAGUUUCAUGCUUGUAAUAAAAUCUACAAAAUAUUUUCUCAUGUUGUAUCUCCGGAACAUUAUAAACUUUCUCCAAAACGUGACGUCAAUGAAUCCAAGGCAAUAUU